CUCCUGUGAGUGUGUGUGUGUGUUUAGGGGGGUGUCCUAUGGAGAGCCAAGGAGCGAACAAAAGCCCGUUGGCACCGAUCCGUGCGGAUUGAGCACAGAGAUCCGCGGGUCCGUGCGCGAGAUGAGCGGAUCCGAGCGGAUGCGGGUGUUUUAACGGCAUGACGGCGGAUCGGACGAGCUGCAGCUGAAGGAGGAGAGCCGGCAGAGACGCUCCAGCCCCGGAGAACCGAAGAGAGGAGCGGCGGAGAGCGAGAGGCAGAGCGCCGGGGAAUCAUGCGGGGUCCUGCGCUCCGGCUGCUGGGACUCGUGUGGUACCUCUCCGCGCUUUUACGCACCGCGCACACGUACAAACUCCACCACAAACAAGAGAGCUUCAUCAGACAGUUGUCAGCGUAUGAGAUCAUCACCCCGCUGCGCUUGAAUGGUUUCGGAGAGUCGUUCCCGCACCGGCUGCAUUACCGCAGGAGGAGGCGCAGCGCCGACGCGGAGCUCUCGGGUUCGAGGGCUCAUUACCGGAUCGAGGCGUUCGGUCAGGCGUUUCACCUGAACCUCACGGCGGAUUCGGGGUUCAUCGCUCCGUCCUACACGGUGCUUCACCUGGGAGAGGAGGAGACGCGCGGAGACGCCGCAGACCUGCGCCACUGUUUCUUCAGGGGACACGUCAACGCUCGCAGGGAGCACCACGCCGUCUUCAGCCUCUGCACUGGACUAGUCGGCACGUUCACCACACACAGCGGUCAGUUCUUCCUGGAGCCGCUGUUGAGCGCUGAUGAAGACGAGUACGAGGAAGAGCACAACAAGCCUCACCUGCUCUACAGACAGAACAACUCGGAACAUCCCGAGCACAAUCACGUCAGUAUCCAUAGCAACAGAACUCUGGAAGAGGAAGUGACGUCGAUGCAGGAAAUGAUGCGCAGACGCGCGGCUCACUCCGAAGACGGCUCUCGCUCCCGCAGGAAGCGCUUCCUGUCAUACCCGCGAUUCGUGGAGCUCAUGGUGACGGCUGACGUGAAGAUGGUGCGGCAUCACGGACGCAACCUGGAGCACUACAUCCUCACAAUCAUGUCAGUAGUCGCUGCGAUCUACAGGGACCCCAGUGUAGGAAACCUCAUCAACAUCAUGAUCGUCAAGCUCAUCGUCAUACAUAACGAGCAGGAAGGGCCGAGUCUAAACUUGGACGCCGCUGUGACGCUGCAGAACUUCUGCUCGUGGCAGCAGAGCCACAACGCUUUAGACGACAGUCACUCGGGUCAUCACGACACGGCACUUCUCAUUACCAGGGAGGACAUGUGCCGAGCAAAAGACAAGUGUGACACGUUAG